AUGGUGGAGAUAAGAAAGGCCUUGAGAAGUUGGGCUAUUCAAAAAGCUGAUACAAGUCUGGGUGAUAGAGAAAAGGAACUUAAAUGCCCUGAUGAAUAUUAUACUAAUUAUGAACAAUGCCAUUGUAAUGUGAAACAGAAGGAAAUUGACGAAGCUAAAAAUGCUGUUGAAUCUGUUAAAAAUUCUGAAAACGAGUCUAAGUUACUUGAGCUUAAAUUCGACAAAGAAAAACACUACAAUGAAGUUCAUUACCUCACUGAGGAUGCCAGAAAUAAAGCCUUGGGUGAUAUUGAUGCCCGCCGUAUCUCUCUCGGUCAGCUUGCUGGACAACUUAUGGGAUUUAUUGGCAAAAGUGAGGAAGUUCAAAAUGCACUUGUAAAGGGUUUGCAAAGUAAUGUAAAUCAGCUUGAUAAGCUUUUGAAAGCAUCUUGCGGAGAUAAGGGGUGUUGUGAGUAUAAUGAUGAAAAGUUCAUUAAGGAACAACUUAAAAGUGUUCAAAAUAAUUUUAAGGAAGCUGAAAAAGAUGAUAAAAGGCUUAAUAACAUCCUUGCUGAUGGGAACAUUACACAACUUCAAUCUCAAUUGGUACAGCCUAAAAAGCAAAUUCAGCAAAAAAUUGAUGAGCUUAAUCAAAGAAUUUCUGAGCUUAAAAAAGCUGAUGAAAAUGCCAAAAAAUCUGGUCAGUCUCUUCAAAAUGCCUCUGAAAUUGACAAGCUUAAUAAGGAUCUUGACUCUCAUAAUGCUUCCAAGAGGUCUCUUGAGACACUAAGUGGGAUUUGUGGAUAUGCUGUUUCACUUAUUCAAAAACCUAAAAAUGAUGGAGAAUGUAAAGAUAUUUUAGAUAAAUUGUGUUCCGGUCUUGAAAAUUUCCUAGGCUUCAACCCAGAGUCCAAAGGCUACUCGGGCACUGGCAUCGUGUACUCGGACCUUGACAGGCUGUGUGACGGGGUGAUGGCGUUUUUGCACGGGGUGCUUCAAGAUGUCCACACCAAACAGCCUUACAAUGUUGGUAAAACUAUACUACAUGAGAAUGUUUUGAGUCAUUUUAAUGGUAAUUUGUGUUCAGGUCAUAAUGGUUUUAAGAGUGUCAUUGAGACUGUGGCACAGGGUGUCGGGAGGUAUAAUGAGGGUGUCAAGGCGUCGAACAAAAAGGUGAGUGAGCCAAUUACUGACAUACUUUUGCAGGUCGGAGAAGAGUUCAAGAAAAAGGUGAGUGAUGUAUUGAAAGAUAAUGUUGUUGCAGGUGACGCCAACAAGAAAAUUCAGCAAGCCAAGUGGGACGUGGACAUGAGACUGGAAGAAUGUCAAGAAAACGCAAGGACGUUCAAUGAUACAUUGAACGUUGAUAAGCACACAGAUAUCAAACAAGCGAUUAAUGACUUAAAUCCCACGUUAGCACUUAGAGUUAAUAACGCAUUGAGGGCGGUGAGCCAUGAGAGUGACAGGCUUAAGGCCUUGUCAGAUAAGCAGAAAAUUGACUUGCAGGCCGCGACGGAGAAGAUAACAGAGGUUAUGAAGAAGCACGGAAAGGAAGUUAAUUGCAAGGUGACUGAUCAAGUAAGUGUGCUCGUGGAUUACUUGAAGAGGAAAGUUGAAGAGAUUUUGAGACUCCUUGAAGGCAUUAACAAAAGGCUGCAGGACUAUGUUGCCGAAUUGGGAAGAUGGUUCGACAAAGCAAAUGAUGCCAUUAAAGUGGCGGAAAAGAAGGUUGAAGCCAUAUUAAACCAGGUUAAUGGUUCGAGUAAGAAUGCUUUCGAAACCGCCGCCACACUGGUUCAGUCGGCGGCAGAACAGAUGGGUGAAGUUGUGGAGGCCGGUAAGAAGCGAGUUGCGCAAGACGUUGCAGCGGCGUUGGAGAAAGUGAAAGGGGUUAACUUGGCGCUUAAGACAGAUUUGAAAUUGUUGAAAGAGCAAGUUGCUGAGGGUAUUCGGACGUAUGUUCAGGGAUAUGUCAGCGCAAUCAGGUCGGUAGUUAUCAAAAUUAAGGGUGGUUCAAGAGAUAAGAAAGGUCUACAGGGGAUUAAGGAUAGGGUAAGGGGGUGUGCCACUGACUUCAAGACUAAUUUCCAGAAGGCAAUUGGAGAGAUGGUUAAAACGCUUGUGGAUAGUGACGGGAUACAGAAAUUGCUUGCAUGGUAUUUCGACAAUAACCGCCAUACAACAUUAAAUGGGAAGAAUCUUAAUAAUUUGACAGAUGCCAUUAAAAAUCAAUUCAAAACAAUUACAUCAACAUCUCCAGCAAUCAAGGCCAGUGAUGAUGUUCAAGAUACUCUGCAGAGUAUACAGAAAUAUCUUGAGGGAUACGCUGCCGCGGUGAAUGGUAAACUUAAUGGAGGGAUGUCUGGAUUUAUCCGAGAUAUGUUUGCUUCUCACCUAAGUGGUAGCACGUAUUCGUAUGACCAACACCUCGAAAAAACCAUCAAAACCAUUCUUACAGCAGCCCAUUCCACUGUCGAGCGAGUUAACGAGGAGCUUAAAUCUUUGACCACCGACGAUGCUCCCCCUAUCUUCAACCUUGGCAAGAACAUCAACGACGCAUUCUCUGCGGCUGAUGGUAUUGUUAACAAGCUUAAAACAGCGGUUACAAACGGCGCAGUGGACCUCGCCACAGCGUCAGCGAUAACUCCCAAUGGACCCUACAACCUCGAAGAUAGAAUUGAUCUAAAGGUCAAUGCUGUACUGGAUUACAUAAUAGGGAAGGAGGAUUUACAAGGUAAAGUUCCCAUUAAAACUACGAUAUUCGGGGCCUAUAAAAAUUACAUUAACCAAGACACGCCUGUCACCUCCGCCACUAAGCCCGAUCAGCUGAAAGGCCAUCUCCCAGAGGCUAUCAACACAAUUCAAACCGAGUUAACCAAAGCCCUACAGCCAAUCGACCAGGCUUACGCUACCCUCUUUCUUCAGGUAUCCGACAUUAACUCCAGCGUUAGCCAACUAUGCCAUGCCAUUAACGAGGCGGCGGGGAAAGAGCAAACGGAUCCCCAAUACAAGGACAGUAUCAAGAAAAGAUUAAGCGACUUGAAAGCUCUAAUUAAUGAUGACGUGGCUACUAUCAACGGCAAGAAACACAAAGGUCUGAGCAAAAUCCACGCGGAACUUGACGAAUUGCGGAGUAGCUUGAUGAGCGGCCCAAUGAAAAAGGCCCAGGAUUUCAUCCGUAAAGAAGUCAGUACUAUCAAGCUACAAACACUCACAUGUAUCCACAAAUAUGUUGACCAAAAGGUCACAGAAGCGGAAAAUGCACUCACCGCUCAGGCACAGAAGCAAUAUGUGACGUCCAUUCAGGCGAUGCUCAAAGCGUUCUGCGAAAAGGUCGAGAAGGAUCUGCAUGGCCUCCCUGAAGAAAUAGCUGCGGACCUAGAAAAAGGACACAAAUGGUUCAUGGACAGAUUUGACAGGCAUUUUGUUGCCAAAGUUGAUGAAAUUAAAGCAAUUGAAAAUAUCAUCCCCAUGUCCAUGCCUAAAAAGGAGUCUCCGCUGAGCAAAGGUGCAGAAAUAUUGAAAGAGGCCUCCAGAGACCUAUUUGCCAAAUUGAAGGCACAAAAGGAUUUUGACUCAGACUACAAGUUGACGAGGUCAUUAAACGCGGCCCUGACCAAAUUGCUGGGAGGCCUUACAACAUCUCAACACUUCGACGAUGCGUUCUCUAAAAAUUUAGAGUCAGUCAAAAAUGAGCUUCAUAAAUUCCAAGCGUCCAAAUUCGGCGACGGCGACUACCCAUGGCUGCUAGAGUCAUUUAGAAAGGGCUUCAAUGCUUUCACCGGGGAAAUGGAAAAGGCGUACGUGUCUUACUACUCUGGGCGUACUAUAAAGUGGAAUAGCGCCGGUGAGGCUGAGAGAAAUAAAUAUGCCGAAAUAUGCGUGACCAUAAUGCGCAUCCUCUACACAGAUUUAUUCAGGCUUAAAGCAGAGCUUGAUGGAUCAGAUACCAAAUGGACAGCGUAUAAUAUUUAUAAUCCUAGAAAGUCUACUCACAGCUUACAUAAAUUAUUUUUCCGCGACAGCGGGUAUGAUCCUUCUCUUCCAGGAAACACAGCACACGGCGAGUUGAACCAUAAGACAGUGUUCACGGGUAAACAAAUUAAAGGUCUACUCGACCAUGUAUUACCGGGAGCAUCCCAACUCAAAAUAACCAUUAAGAACAAACAACACAGUGACGUGAAUGUUUUACAAAUUAUUCAGUACUUAAACAAUCACGUAAAUAAGUACUACGAUGCCUGCCACCUUAGACUUCCAUCCUCUACGAAAUAUCCAUGUUCCAUUAGAGACAUCCUGUCGUGGUUUUCCGGUCUGCCGCAUACGGCGGUGUAUGGCAAAGUUUUUAACCAUUGCCACCAGUUGCUUAAAAAAGAUGCGUCAUACCAAAACGACCCGGUGCUCAAGCCUCUCCUCGAUCUUGACCUGUUUAGUUAUAUAGUUUACACCUGCAGAAAAUCGCACGAUGUCCUUGCUGCCAUACAAGGUCAUGGCAAUGGCGCUCCAAAUGCCGACUAUCCCUACGCGUCCAAUUUCUGCGACAACUCACGUAGCUUAUACUAUCCGUCGGAGGUAUCCGCCCUAUUAGAUAUGCUCUACGAUGUUGUCAAACGUCUAUGCUACGCGCUAUAUUUCCUGUAUACUCAGUGUCUAAAUGGCGCCUCUGCUUCCAAUGGGUGGAGGGGCUGUGCAUACGGCCAAGCUAUCCCAUCACCAAGGUGGCAAUGUAAGGGCCACCCAAACACCAAACCUAGCGACCAACCAAAUAGCCACUCAACUGACCAACCAAAUUGCCAACCAACGUCACCAUUACAAGGUUACCUAACAGACACUUUACCCGGUUGGCUACCACAUAGGUUGACAUCCGUCGGUUGUUCAGCUAAAUGCGCCACCUGUACCAAAGCCUCCCGUGGUCAGCAAUGCAUAACCCCGAUGGGCUUUUGGGACUUGUAUGAUGCGGGGUCAAUUGUAGGAAGUGGUAAAGAUAUAUGUAAGCUGCUUGCCGACUUGUGCGCUGAUGCCGAUGCAGUGCUCUUCAAACUCUACAGAGGUCUGUCACUCCUGUCUCCGUCGCCACCUAAAACAUUGGGGGACAUGACGUCCUUUUUCUGUCACCUCCUACGUCUGUGGGAUUCGUCCAAGAAGUUUGCCGCCAACAGUGAACUCACGUAUCACAUGAAUGACAAAACGAUACCUAACUGCUUCCCACUUCAGCCCACCCUUCAUGGUAGUCCUGAUGCGUCUCAACUCACCAAUGCUCUCCGAGAUCUAUAUUAUUAUAAGGAUGGGCACAACGGUAAAGCUGCAAAGGAUGACACGCACUGCGACCUUUCAAGCCUUGUGGCCUCAUCCACCUUAUGCCUAGGCCGUUUGUGUACACCGUAUCUCCAACCGCUGUGUCACGACGGCAGUCAUACCUAUGCACUGAAGCACGCAAACCUCUAUCUGUCAUGGCUUACUUAUUUGCCUUUUGAUUUCUACAAUCUUCUGAAAUCACUGUUCGACGCAUUCUGCAACAUCGAUUGCAAAGCGUCCGGUUGCCCGUCGUGUAAUUGUCCAACCGGAAAGCACGGCGUCACUGAACCAAAUCCCGAACCAAAUGGCAAACCAAACACCGAAGCAAGCACAUCGCCAAGCGCCCAACCAACGUCCGAACCGAACGCCCAACCAAAACCCGGAUGUCACUGCCAGUCAAUCGUUCAGUGCACUGGUGUUCAACCAAUGCUGUUUAAAUAUGGGCUCACUUUCGGCAACCCAGAAAGGUUGAUGAACGGUUCAAGCAGGAAAACGUGCGACAAUUUCUGCGCACAGCUGAAAAAAGUUAUCGAGUCAGAUCAUUUCAGGAAAUUGUUCAAGGUCAUCGACAACUUCAUCUGGGCAAUACGUACACCCUUCUCAUACCUUUUAGUCACCCUCUGGUCGCUCUCGCUCCUCUACCUGCUGCACAUCGCCGUCGUCCGCCUCGACGUCCUGCGCAUCCGCUCCCACCUGAGAUCACCCUCAAGCCACCGCAUCGCCGCGCAGUCCCUCCUCGCCGCCGCACGCGUCAAGGCACUCGCCAACGUCAAGUACUUCUCACCGUGA